CUCCAAUUAAUGAGAUUCACAUGGAUAAACAAUCUGAUUUUACCAAUUUAUUAGUUGUCUAUUAAUUUUUUUAAUAAAUUAAUGAGAUUCACAUGGAUAAGCGUUUUGAUUAGCCCAUGAUUUCCUCACGCAUUUGAUCUACGAAUGUUAUAUAAUGAUCAAUUUUUUUUAGAUUUUUCAUCAACUCUAAAAUAAUAAAAGCCUAAAGAAAACAAAAAAAAAAUUCUUUUAAAGUUAUUUCAUCAAAGAAAGGUUGUAAAAUCCAAUGGAUACCCAAAACGCCUUUAAUGAAACACAAAGUAGUCAUGAUCGACUUAAAGAACUUAAGGAAUUCGAUGAAGGAAAACUUGGGGUGAAAGGGCUUGUAGAUGCAGGAAUCCAAAAAAUUCCUGGCAUAUUUGUUAGACCGAUUGAGGAUCGUUUAAAAGAUUUUGGUACAUAUUCUGAUGAUAUAAGUGUGCCGGUAAUAGAUUUUUCACAUUUUGGUGAAAAUGAAGAUCGCACUGCUGAGAUCAUCAAGGAAACUAUUAUGGCAUCAAAGGAAUGGGGUUUUUUUCAAGUGAUAAACCAUGGGAUUCCUAAGGAGUUGUUAGAAUUAAUGAUUGAACGAAGUCGAAUGUUUCAUGAACAAGAUGCCGAGACUAAAAAAUUGUUCUAUAGUCGCGAUUUUCAAUCAAAGCAUGUGUACUUUUUUAGCAACCAUGACUUGUAUCAGUCAAAGGCUGCAAAUUGGAGAGACACUUUGUAUGUGAACGCUCGACUUACUAAUGGUGAAGUUGAUCCUCAAGAGUUGCCUCCUAUAUACAAGGAUGUGACAUUGGAGUAUGUUAACCAUAUCCAUAAGCUUGCUGAUCUCAUACUUAUGUCAAUAUCAUUAGGUCUUGGACUUGAACCCGAAUGUCUUGGAAAUAUGGCAAAAUGUACAAAAAGCUGGGCCAUAAUUAACAGUUAUUAUCCAGCAUGUCCAGAACCAGAAUUGACCAUUGGAUUAGAUGCUCAUGUUGAUACUUCAUUUAUCACAUUACUCUUACAAGACAAUAUUGGUGGCCUCCAGGUCCUUCAUGAAAAAAAAUGGGUUAAUGUGGAGCCUAUUUCUGGUGCUUUGAUUGUUAACUUUGGAAAAAUACUUCAGAUGAUAACUAAUGAUAUGAUAAAAGGAAUUUGUCAUAGAGUGAUUGCGAAAACAAUUGGACGAAGGAUUUCCAUUGCAAUAAAUUAUAAUGGAAUUUACUCAUCCGAGAAGAUACAUGGUCCAAUAAAGGAAUUAACAUCAGAGGAAAAUCCACCUAUUUAUAAGAAAUUCUCAACUGAGGGCCUCAUAAAAAGCUUUUUCUCGAAAUCACUUGAUGAGGUUGGAGCCAAUCUUGAUGAAUUCAAACUUUAAUAUCAUGGUGAUGACAACUAAUUAUCAUGGGGGAUCAUGCUACAAAUUUGUGUUUACUUGCUAUAGAAUAAAUUAACUUUUAUGAUCUUUUGUAGCAAUUUAUGUCUCCAUUAUAAUUCAUGAAACACCUUUAAUUACUAUGUACGCUUUUUAAUCUUUAUUAUGCGCUUUGUAGCAUGAAUGCCUUUAAACAAAAUUAGUGUUUGUUUAUCAUGAUCAUGAUUUGUUUUAUCUUUAUUGUAUAAGUACUUUUUUC